AUGAGGCAGGGGCUGCUGGUGCUGGUGCUGGUGCUGGCUGCAGGCUCCCAGGUGCAGGACUGGUACCCCAGGGAGUCCCACACCCUCAACUGGAACAAGUUUUCAGGAUUCUGGUACAUUCUGGCCACGGCCACUGACGCCCAGGGAUUCUUGCCGGCCAGGGACAAGAGGAAGCUGGGGGCGUCCGUGAUAAAGGUGAACAAAGUAGGCCAGCUCCGGGUGCUCCUUGCCUUCAGCCGGUUGAAGGGGUGCCAGUCCCAGGAGGUGAUCCUGAGGAAAGACGGGAAGAAGCCGGUGUUCAGGAACACCUGUGCGUACGCGGUGGGCCUGAGGGAAGGACGGGAGGGCGUGAAAGGGGUGAAGGCCUUCCACGUGCUGUCCACUGACUACAGCUACGGCCUGGUCUACCUCCGCCUGGGGCGCGCAGCCCAAAACUACAAGAACCUGCUGCUUUUCCAUAGACAGAACGUUUCGAGCUUCCAGAGUCUGAAGGAAUUCAUG